CAGACGUGAUUCGUCACAGUAGUACCAGACGUGGGCGCAGACGUGAUUCGUCACAGUAGUCAUGGGCCGCAAAAAAGGCAAGCAGAGCCAAGGCGCCGGUUCCAAGCGCGGCCGCGCCGCGCAAGACCGCAUGCGUGCGCGGGACACGCGUGACGACCUGAAACGCCUCCUCCCGCGGCCGGAGCGACCACGGACCACACAGCCCACGCUCUCGGUGCGCGAACUGCUCGCCGCGCUGCCGCGCGCGCCGAAGCGACCGCGGACGACCGCCGCGCCAGCGGCGCUCGGCCUGAGAGCACCGGCGCCGACGGGCACCCUCUUGGAUGCCUGCUCACGCGUCAUCGGUGCUCACUUAGACAGAUAUCCUCCGGACGCCGCCGCGCCUGUGUUCUCGCUGCUACCUGGCCGCGCGCUCGAGACCAUCGCGGCGGUUGCGUCGGAACGACGGCUCUUCGACGACGCUCUGAUUGGACUCGUGGUGGGCUCCGACGUCGAGCGUUUGGCCAUCGCUGGCGAAAGCGUGACCGACGCCGGCCUCAAUCAGAUCGUGCCGUCGUCCGCCGGUGCUGUCGCCGCGUCAGCCUGGGAUAGUGCGCCGGUUCAACAGUUCUCCGGCUGCCUUCGCCUCAGAGCGCUGGCGCUCGACGUCCCACACGCGACGGCGGCGUUCGUGCGGCGGCUCAUUGCUGCGGCGCCGGAUCUCGAGGAGCUGACGCUCGCGCCGCGGGCGCUGAGCACGCCGGGUCAGGCGCCGCGCGCCGCCGCCGACGCGGUGGACGCGCUCGAUGGCCUACGCCUUCUCGACGUGCGGGGCUGCUCGUGGGCCGACGGACCGACUCUCGGACGCGUGCUGGCGAGCCGGGCAGUCGCGCCGGCUGUUGUGCUGCCCUGUUGGGGCGCCGGCGCGGAUCCGUUCGAUGACAUGGACACGGACGAGCCGACGCCGCGGGCGCGGCCCCAGCUCGAGGUCCGCUGCGACGUCGACGACCUCACGCGGCGGCGGCUCCAGGCGCGGUUCCGCGACGGCGUUAAAGUCGUUUCCGCGCUUGCCGAGGCGGAGCGGGCGAAACGAGCUGCCCAGAUUCCUCCUCCACCGGCGAGCAGACUCUCGCGCUCGCUCGCGGCAACGGCGACAAGCAUGGCGAUACCUGGGCACAUGAACCCCCGCAUGACGCAGCCGCUCCGGAGCCCCCGCUGACUCGCGAUCCGGCGCGGCGGCGUUUCUAACUUGUGACUUUGUGGUAA